CGUAACCUACGCGACUUGACCACCCUCGGAGACGUUAUGCGUUAGCAUCAGGAGUGUGUCGUUCCACACACACACACACACACACACACACACACAUCACUAUGGUCGUUGCCGGUGAACGGCACCUGCGGUGUGUGUGCGACAUGUCCAUGUCAUGACCGCCGGUGUCAAAGUCACCGUUUGUCCGAAGACGUCGACCUCGCAGUCCGCCCCCAAAACCGUCCGUGCUGGCGCGCUGCCAUCAGCGGAACGAAGUGUCGCCGACAUGUGGGUCUUCGGCUACGGGUCCCUCAUAUGGAAGGUGGACUUUCCCUACGAGGAGAAGAAGAUCGGCUUCAUCCGAGGCUUCAGCCGUCGGUUUUGGCAGGGCAGCACCGACCACCGGGGAGUACCGGGCAAGCCUGGCCGGGUCGUAACACUGGUGGAGGAUCCUGAGGGAUGCGUUUGGGGCGUUGCCUACAAGCUGCCGACGGGCCAAGAGCAAGAAGUGAAGAGCUACCUCGACUACCGAGAAAAAGGUGGUUAUCAGGUCAUCACGGUGACCUUUCACCCCCGUCCACCUCUCGCUCCCCCUCCCGACCAGACGCUGCUCUACAUCGGCUCUCAGGGCGAUCCAAACUACCUUGGUCCCGCCUCUCUGGAGGCCAUAGCCAACCAGAUCGUCAGCUCGACCGGUCCCAGCGGGCAAAACACAGAGUACCUCUUUGAGCUCGCUGACGCUGUGAGGACAAUUCUGCCCGAGGACUCAGACGAUCACCUGUUUUCUCUAGAAACCUUAGUGAGGGAAAGACUACGAAGCGGCCAGAAACACACUCAAACGGGUUGAUAGAUGAUUAGAUGAAGAAAAAUGUCUUGAUCUUUGAUGUAGAAAGAUGCAUUUGGCAAAUGAUCUCAGGGUUCAAGAUACACAUGGAGCCAAUCAGGAUUUUAGUCGGCUUCAGAAAAUAUGUUAAGUCCUAUUUUUCUUUUCUUUAAAUGUCACACUGCAAAUAAAUCCUGCAUUUAAAACACCUACAACUACAAAAUAAGACAGUACUGUAACUGGCAAACUAAAUGUUGAGUGAUCACAAAUAUGCUUUGAAUAGACUUGUAGGUUUGCUCAAUGUGAAAUAUCUUAAACGGCAAAAAGAACAAAUGUUUCAAAUGAUUAAAUGCUUAGUGGACAUUUGAACUCCGAUAAAUUUGGCCUGGUUUUAUUCAUCUUUAAGUAAAAACCAUCUGAGGUGUGAGUGCACUGCUAAGAUAUGGAAUUUAGAGCAGUUUUGUCCACAUUUAAAUCAGGAGGGAGAUUUUAUUCCAGACUUAACAGAUGAUAUGUGAUGACAAAGUCUUGUUUGAGUCUCUGACUCAGCUAAAGACUCGGUGUUAUCGAGGGCAUCUGACCUGAGCAGCAGCAGAUUAAAUGGAGUCCAGACACUGGUGGUGGUGGUUGACGACUUGCAGAGACUCAUGAAUGUGAUGAGUCUGCAUAGUCUGGGCGGUGAUGGGGAGGUGGAGGGAGCGCACAGCAGCAGAACUAAGGCAGAAUAAGAAAUCAUAUUUAAAAAGACAGCAGCAAGAUGAUAGGCCAACCAGGCUGAUUGCUGGAAAUGACACAGAGAAACUGAGUGUGCACAGCCUCACUAGAUAUUAACAACAAAAUAGCAACUGUGUGUUAACACUCAAACUAAUCUGCUUCAUCAGGACUGCGUGGGUAUGGUUUUUAUUAGAUAUGAAUAACUGCUGAGUAAACCGCCCCCUCAGCUUUUGAUACACGCUGGGAAAUCCUGAUUUGUUGUCACAAGUUAGGCUUUGCCUCCACACUUUUUUUUCUUCCCCUCAACUGAGCCAUGUCUACUUCAAACCAGCGAGAAGAAGUAGAGCUCAAGAGGAAAGAGAGAUGAUGUAAGGAUAGAAGAAUACCCAAUGCUUUUUGUUUCAUCUUAGGGUGGCUAGUAGUCAUGAUUACCAAUAACCUGGUAAUCCACCUAUGUUUAAUCAUUUCAAUCUCUCUUCCUGAUAUGAAAAGCAAACUUUAGGGAAGUUAUCAUCCUUGUCAUUCUCAUCAUCAUUACCAUCAUACCUGUUAAAGUUCAAGGAUUUCAGAACCCAGAUGUAAACACAGGCGCUGACAGGUUAGGAAAAAGAAAAAAUACUGGUAUUCAUAGUGAGUGGUAAAGUAUAUUAUAAGUAAAUUAACUAUAGACACAAAAGACGUGCAACUUCAGAAUAAAACAGGAACUUAAAAAAAAAAAAAAGUCGUCGAGGGAGGCAGAUAAAACACGACCGCUUUAAUCAUGUUGUCAAGUUGCUCGAACGGCCGCUUGUUAUUCCGGGCUGUACUUACCUUGUCUCAGUAUCUGUAGCUAUUGUUGUUCCCGCGUCGGCUAUCGGCUGCUUCUCAUUCUGCAGGCACACGCAUCUCAACGCAUCGGCGUCUCAGCACAGUGAACAUAUCAAAGUCAACAACACUGCAUCAGGAAAAAAAAUCUACAAGAUGAAUAAAAAAAACUAAACGUUGACAGGUA